AUGGCCGACGGAAGAAAUCCCCGACGUCGCCUGCCGCGUAAUUUUCGCGAUAGAGUUGAUUUGUUGAAUAAUUUGAAUGAUAAUGAAGUAAAAGUGAAGUACAGACUAUCCAGGCAGCAAAUAAUAGAUUUGCACGACCUCAUUGAGGACGACAUAAAACCAAGAACAAUGCGAAGUCAUGCCAUUCAAGCGAUGACAAAGCUCCUCAUAACACUGCAGUUCUUGGCGAAAGGUGAAUUCUAUAGUGAGGGUGGACUUGUACAUGGCGUCUCCAGAAGCACUGUAUGUGUAUCUGUUUGGCAAGUUGUAGACGCAAUUAACCAGCGUGUCAACAACAUCAAGUUCCCUACCACCCAGGCUGACCUGGCAUCUAUUAAACAAAAGUUUUAUCAGGUAGCAAGAAUGCCAAAUUGCAUCGGAGCUGUAGAUGGAACAUUAAUCCCCAUCAUAGCGCCAAGAGUGAGGGAAGAUAUAUAUGUGUGUAGAAAAGGAUACCAUGCAAUAAACGUGCAGGCAGUAGUGACACCCGAUAUGAGAUUCACUGAUGUGGUCGCUCAGUGGCCGGGGUCUACACAUGACAACACCAUAUUUGAGAACUGUGGCCUGAAGGCAUGGGUCGAGGCAAAUAAUGUUGGUUGGCUGAUUGGUGACGCGGGUUAUGCCCUGAAACCUUACAUGCUGACACCAAAGAUCCGGCCUACGACCCAACAGGAAAAUGCAUUCAACUUGGCACACAGCCGUACCAGAAUGGUAGUUGAAAGAGCGUUUGGUUUGUUGAAGUCGAGAUUUCGAUGUCUUCAUAAGACUGGAGGAUUCCUCCAAAUCACACCUGAGAAGGCAGCCAAAGUCUUUGUUGUUUGUGCUAAACUGCACAACAUGUGUAUAGAUGAUGCUGUCGUGUUUGAUGGACAAAUCAAUGUUGCCCCUGACAAUGCACCACCUUACAUUGGAGCACUUGACCCAAAUGCGCAGAGGGACAGAAGAGCUAUUAUUGCAAGAUUUUGA